AUGGUGGGAUUGUACGUAAUGCUUCUCCAACUCAUUACCGAGGUCCUCAAAAUGUUUUUUCAGAAAAGAAAAUUGGGUGCUUCUGAGGCGCUAGAUCUAUGGGCUAAUACAUACGAAAAACAAAGAAAGUUGCAUAAUUCUCAAAAAUCUGCUCGUAAAUGUGAAAAUAUGCCUGAAAAAAAUGAUGGGACUUCUUUAUUCAAUAUAGAAGGAAGCAUGACAGAGGAAAACAAGAAGAAUCUUGAGUUUAUUGAAGAGGUGACUAGUAAUGUUGAUGAGGUACAAGAGAGAGUUCUUCAUGAAAUCCUCAUUCGAAAUGCCAACGUUGAGUACUUGCAACGCCUUAAUCUCAAUGGUCAUACUGAUAGAGAAACAUUCAAGAAAGUCGUGCCUAUCAUCACGUACGAAGAUAUUCAGUCCGAUAUCAACCGUAUAGCUAAUGGCGAUAGAUCUCCAAUCCUAUGCUCCCAGCCCAUAUCUGAAUUCUUUACAAGUUCUGGGACGUCGGGAGGGGAGAGAAAAUUGAUACCAACAACAGAGGAAGAGAACGGGAGGAGACACCAACUUUACGGCCUUAUGAUGUCUGUGGUGAGCCAAUUUUUUCCAGAUUUGGGAAAUGGCAAAGGAAUGUAUUUCAUGUUCAUAAAGUCUGAAGCCAAGACCCCCGGAGGAUUAUUAGCUCGUCCUAUUUUAACUAGUGUCUACAAGAGUAGUCAUUUCAAAAACAGCAAUAGUCAUGUGUCGCCCUAUACGAGUCCAAUUGAAUCCAUUCUCUGCCUAGACUCUUACCAAAGCAUGUACUCCCAAAUGCUUUGUGGCCUCUGCCAAAACAGAGAAGUCAUCCGUGUUGGCUCUAUUUUUGCAUACGCCUUCAUCCGUGCUAUGCGAUUCUUGGAGGAUCACUGGUCUCUACUAUGUAACGAUAUCCGAACAGGAACCAUUAACAACAAAAUUACUGAUCCUUCAGUAAGAGAGGCUGUGAUGAAAAUCCUCAAACCAGACUCGGAGUUGGCUGAUUUCAUCGAGGCUGAAUGCAGCAAGGAUUCAUGGGAAGGGAUCGUCACUAGGCUGUGGCCUAAUACCACAUACGUGGACGUAGUCGUGACUGGAGCCAUGUCUCAAUAUUUACCAAUGCUCGAUUAUUACUGCAAUAGCCUCCCUCUUGUCAGUAUUGCGUAUGCUUCCUCAGAAUGUUUCUUUGGGAUCAACUUGAACCCCCUUUGUAAGCCCAGUGAAGUAUCUUACACACUCAUUCCCAUCGUAGCCUAUUUCGAGUUCUUACCAAUUCACAGGAGCAAUGAAGUCAUCGAUUCUAUCUCCAUUCACACACCGUUUAAUGAGAAAGACGAACAACAAUUGGUCGAUUUGGUUGAUGUCAAGAUUGGCCAGGAGUACGAGCUCGUUGUUACCACAUAUUCUGGACUGUAUAGAUACAGAGUGGGUGAUGUGCUUCGGGUUGCUGGAUACAAGAACAACGCGCCUCAAUUCAACUUUAUACGCCGGGAAAAUGUGAUCUUGAGCAUCGAUUCUGAUAAGACUAAUGAAAUUGAGCUACAAAAUGCAGUGAAAAAUGCAGCAAACAAUCUGAUGCCAUUUGAUGCACGUGUAAUGGACUACACCAGCUAUGUCGAUACUGCUACUAUUCCAGGUCAUUAUGUCCUGUUCUGGGAGCUAAACGUCAACGCCUCUUCCCCGAUUCCUCCUUCAGUCCUUGAAGAGUGUUGCCUCGCCAUUGAAGAAUCUCUCAACAGCGUCUACCGCCAGGGUCGUACGUCUGACAAAUCCAUUGGGCCUCUUGAAAUCAGGAUAGUGGAAACAGGUACUUUUGACAAACUCAUGGACUAUUGUUGUACUAGCUUAUUAGGGGCUUCCAUUAACCAAUACAAGACGCCACGGUGCGUUAAAUUUGCACCACAUGUUGAGCUAUUGAAUUCGAGGGUUGUGUCGAGCUACUUCAGUCCCGUGUGUCCGAAAUGGGUUCCUGGAAGAAAGCAAUGGAACAACACGAAUUGA